AUCAGUAAACAUAUCAGCACGCUGGUCCUUGGACUCAGCACGCUGGCCCUUCCCGUUGACUGUUCGGGUGAUUUUGGCCCACGUGGGCUUGUUACAGGCACAGAAACCGUACCUGAACCGAAGCUCAGCCAGAUAAGCAACAACUGCCACAACUGCCUCAAUAGAGCUACCCGGGACCAAGGGUCAUUCAAAGAAGUGCAUCUUAACAACCAUAAGGAAGUUUGGCAUGAAACAAAUUUUAACAGAAGGCCAGCUCAACCAUUCAUCACUGGAGCUUGGAAUUACAAGAAAAUCUUCACGGAGGAAGAAGUUAUGAAUUUUAUAAGUUGGAGGUUUCCCAGCCCGUUCAGUUGCGAGUAUCAGCCUUUAGAAGAGGAUUUCAACCCAACCAUGAAGCGGCCUUCUACAGAUUCAAGCAUGGGCUUCAAGAGUAGUGUCUUAGCUUUCCAGGAAGCCCGAAAUCAGAAGAAUUGGUCAAGGGAAAACCAAGAUGCAAUCAAUUUCCUAAAACCGGCCAAACCGACAUCAAUUUGGGAAAGUUUCCAACCAACUCGAUUUGGUCUGACCCAAGCCUAUCCAUGGAAACCAGGAGAUACUCUAGACCAUUCAGAAGACAUCCAAGACGUCCAUAGAUGCACCAGCACCCAGAGGAUCAGGCGGAUUCUCCUUACCAUCUACUUUCCAUAUCCGGCCACACCAUAUGCAUUCAAGGAAAGUUGUCUCCACUUAAUGAGCAAGGACCAACGGCUCUAUUCCUUUGAACCAGAAGAAACCAAGAUCCUUAAGAGUUUAAUCAGCAGCCAGAGACUCCUAUUUCGUGGAUACUUCUCCAAGAUAUCAAGAUACAAGAUCAGUCUACUCCAAAGGCAACAAAUCAGCCUAACGGCUAGUUCUCAUGGAGCCAUCAAAGCCAUUGACUCCAAGCAUUUUAUUUCGAUUUAUUUUCUUUCCUUAGUUCAUUUUCAGACUGUUAGAGAGUCCUUGGUCGAGCCUAUAAAGCUCUAGUCUUUGUUUCAUUGUAAAGCACCCUUGAUCAUUUUUAAAGUAAUAAGAAAUCGUUUUCUUUUAAAACAAAGUUGUGUAUUCUUUGUUGUUCUUUCUCUAGUUCUUUGUGUGUGAUUCACUAAGUCCUAAAGAAGCCACGUCCAGAGAGCCUUGUGUGAUUCAAGACCAUCUGUUCGUCCAUUGAUUGAGAGAGUCAAUCCAUAUCCAUCUAUCCACUCCAUCCAUCGAUCCAGCUUGGAAGAGAUACAUAUCAAGCAAGCUGGAUUCCAUCUUCAGUCAUCUAACCAACCACUGAUCCUUGUUGAGAGAGACACACGUCCAGCAACAAAGAUCCCAUCAUCCAUCUUUCUAUCCUUCUUAUUUGAUUUGUUUUCAAUUUCCAUAUCAUUUAGUUUUGAAUCAUAAAAAUCCAUAAAAAUCAUAUUUGCUUCAGUUUAUCAUUUGUCAUAUAGUUUGCUUUCUGUUCUUCAUAUAAAUCCAUAAAACUCAUAAAAAAGUUCAUCUUUUGUUUCAGAUACAAAUCAGCCGGUCUAAUCCUCCAUCGCAGCCGCCUAGCCGAUCGUCCGUCCGUCCUAUCUGUCCAAACCGAUCAAAAACCAAACCUCCGUCAAGCCAUCCGUGUAGUCUGAAUCCCAGCCUAUAACAUUUGGUAUCAGAGCUCAAGCUCCUGAAUCUGGUGAUAUCUUAUCCUUGCAUCAUAUCUUAUUGCAUUUGUUCACCAAUUAAAAUCAAUUAAAAAAAAAACAUUCAUAGUGUUGCAUUUUCUGUCCGAUUUUGAAUUGCUUGUUCUUGGUUUUAAAACCAGAGAUAGGCACGAAAAGGAUACCUCAUUAUCUUGUUUUAUUCAUUUAGAAAACUCAAAAAAAAUUUCCCUUGUUUGCAUUAAGUUGUCUAGCUCCAGUUUCCUUUUUCGGUUUAUUUGCAUCAAGCAUAAAAUCUUUUUUUUUCUUGUUUUGUUUCUUUUAAAUUGAAAACCAAAAUAAAUAUUUAUUUCCAUUGUUUUAUUUUAUAGAUUUCGAGAUUUGCUUGAUAAAGUUAAACAAAAAAUAUAUAGGAGUUAAUUUUCCAUUUGUUUCAAAACUUUCAAAAAAAGAAAAGUAUACAAGGUUUCCAUCUUUUUUUGUUUCUUAUUCUUCUUCUUUCUUUUGUUAAGCCACGACUUGAUACUCUUAUUCUCUGUUUUUGAAAGGUACCAAUAAGGGGAGACGCCAUGGCAGAUUACUUUGAGGAAGAGAGUUCUUAUGAAUCAAGCCAAGGCUCCGAUCUUGAUGAAGCCGACCAAGCUUGGUCCGAUGAAGAGGAUGGCUGUGAUGGGUCAUGUUCUGAUGAUAACUACUCUAUGUCAGAGUAUGGAGACGAUCCUGCUGAAGCAUAUCCUGAACCAGAGCCACCUGAUUACUCACAUGGAGAUACCAGCUACCAAGGAGAGUAUGAGGGAGAAACUGAAUCAAAUAUCAGUUUCAAUAAAGGAGAUGAAUGCCAUGGAGAAGAGACAGAAGGUGAUGAUCCUGAAGCUGACCAGGAAGGCUCAUGGCAAGAGGAAGCUGAUUCUGAAAUCAGUUUAGAAGAGGCAAAUGAGCAUGAGGAAAAUCUCUCUAAAACGGAAGAAGUCUAUGAAGAUGUUGAUGGAGGAGAAGCAAGUUUCCAAUCUGUUAAAGAAGAAGUUGGAGACGAGUCUCAUGCUGAAGGCAUACCCUGGUGUGAAGUACCUUACUCUGACCAGGAGGAUGAGUACCAAGACGAAACUGGCUCACAAACCAGUGUAGGAAACUCUGAGGGAAACUAUGGAGGAAAGCCAGACUCUCAACAAGACAUUGCUGAAGAAGAAGAGGCCUUAAGUGAGGCUGGAAGAAAUGAUGAUCAACCUGGUUACAUCAUCUUUGCAGGCCAUCAUCAAGGACCAGAAGCAUACUUGUGCUGGGAGAAAGAUAUGGAACAUUGGUUUGAUUCUAACCAAGUCCAUGAAGAGGAUAAGACAGCCAUUGCCGAAGACACUCUCACUGAAGAUGCCUUUAGAAAGUGGGAACAAGAUGCUUACUGGCGACUUGCCUAUGAUGAACCAGAAGCUACUUGGCAAGAAAUGAAAGAACUCUUGUAUGAAGAAUAUGUGAAAGGAGCUGGAGAUGAGCUGUUGAAUCAGAUACGGGUCUAUACUAAUCUUGAACCAAGGCGGCUGAUAUUGGCAAAAAGGCCAAAUCGAAAGGCUAAGCUCAAAAAUGCUCACGACCUAAAGCUACACCAGGAGUCUACACUCAUCAUCAAGGGAGCAACCGAGCAUACAACAGCAGCAAGGGCCAGUGCCGUGCAAGGAGUUCCAACUCCACAAGCCAAAACUCGAGAGCUAAGUACAAAGCCAUUGCCUAAGUUCCAUGAGAAGAAGAAACCAAGCUGAUUAUGCAGGUCUAAAUAAGGACCAGGAGGACGUGGUUUCAAGGUUAAAAC